AUGAGUGGCGGCGGCAACUCACACGACGCCCCGAUUUGCGGGAUCCCUGGGCACGGCACGUUCAGACCGGACUCAGCCUGGCAACGUGCCCUCGCCCGGAACGCCGGCUUGUACCGCUACCCGCACACCGACAGCGACAAGAACAUGACGGAAACCCAGUUCGAGAAGCUGGUGCGCGAGGAUGACCCCAAGUCGGCCUGCACGCCGCUGCUGGUUCAGGAGUUCCGCUGUCUGAACCGCAACGAUUUCGGCGCUGACGCGGGUCACGCGGCUACCAAGUGCGUGAAGUGGUACAACGAGUGGAUGCAGUGCAAGUGGGACGAGGAAAAGAUGCGGUUCGGCUACAGUUACCUGGAGGAUCUGCCGGCGCGGAAGCACAAGGCCUACAUUGCAGCCCCCAACUACCAGUAUUCGUGA